GUUGACCUUGUUUCUGUGGAAGAGGAUUUGAGUCCCCCUGACCUUCAGUGUGGCUGCUAAUCCACAUUUCAUUUAAGGGCCCAAACAGCCUAAACAUUGUUUUUGGGUUGGCUUGUAAUCCCACUAUAUGAUCAUCUCACCAACCCCCUCCAUUCUAUGGAAUGUGUGUUGAGUUUUCUGGACCUUCCACGUGGUUCCUAAACCCUGAUGUUAGUGUGAGGGCCCCGAUAAAUCAACCGCACAAUAUCCUGCAGAGACGUUUGAUGGAGACAAACAUGUCCAGGUUGCGCCACAGCCGAGGGACUUGCUCUCAGAAGAACGACCUCUCACUUCAGACAAAUAAACUGAAUCAAAUGAAACUGGAUGGCCCAAAGAACACAGAGCAUGAAGACCUCAUCCUGGUGUGCUGCCAGUGUGCUGGGAAGGAACUGCAAGUUGUGGUUGAUACUGGAUGUCAACGCAAUAUCAUGUCAUCUGCAUGUCUGGAGAGACUAGGAUUAAAGGAGCAUAUGAAAUCCUACAAACUUGAAGGUGAGAAGAUUUCAUUGCCACACAGUAUGAAAGUGAUUGGCCACAUAGAACACCUGGUUCUUACAGUGGGGACUAUUCAUGUAGACUGUUCUGCAGUUGUGACAGAAGAUAAUGAUAAAAACUUCUCCCUGGGGCUGCAGACACUGAAAUCUUUGAAGUGUGUCAUAAACCUAGAGAAGCAUUACCUGAUCCUUGGGAAGACAGAAAGGGAAGAAAUCCCUUUUGUCAUUAAUGCCUCUGCACAUGAAGAGAAGGCACACCCUCAUGGCAGCCACCUGCGCUCCUGGUUCAGCGCUGUAGCACACAGCUGGAAGCCUGGGAAGUGUCCCUGGAAAAGCACUUCUGAGGCAUGAAGAGAAGUACCGUUGACUUCAGAGAGACAAAGGCUGUGUGGUUGAAACAGCACUCGGCAAUACAGAUAUAACCCCACUUUGCUAGACUAUAGCUAGACUGUAGCUAAAUGAAAGAACUGGCAUAUGCCAGGAGUUUAAGACAACUCAAGGCAUUCACUCAUCAUGCCAAGAGUCUGGACGGUGGAUUUUUAAGUGUGCAUCUGAGACCAAUUUUUAAAAUGGUGUCCUCUUUAUGGCCAUCUAAGUAUGAAAAUGUUUUCCAGAUUCUACUGAAAUCAUCUCUUUUGUUAUGAAUGGAUUACUGCAAUGAAUUGCCUCGUGUGAGACUGAAAAAGGACAUUUUUAUAACGUGCUCUUUGGAACUGCUUAUUUAGCUGCAAUGAGAGGCUAAGAAAAUCAGAUUUUUAGAAUGUAUUUUUCAAUUGAUAACAAUAAUUUGACAUAUUUAGGUUCAAAGUCAUUACAAACAAGGGCCUAUUCACAAUUAAAUGAGUUCAUCCAAACACUCACAUAGGUUGGAGAAAGACGAUAGUUUUUUUCAGAGGGCUGAAGGUGGUAUGAUAGAGCCAUUACUGUUUGUAAUAUUCAUAUUUUCCAAAUUUAUCUCAAAAUGUUCAGUUCUUAAUUCCUCAUUAUGAAAUAUUGAUGUUAGCAAUGAGAAGCUGGAGCACAAUUUUUAUCUAUAUAAUUCUCUGCUUUUCAUAACUGCAUAGGUAAUUAGAUUUCAAGAUUUCUUUAAAAAAAAGUAAUUAUCUGGAACCACAGUGUAGCAUUUAAGAGAAUUUUAAUAUCUGCUUGUUCAAGUGCUAACAUUUUAGAAUCUAUCAUCUGCUAAUUUGGUUGCAUCACUUUCUCAAUUGUGAUUGUUUUAAACUCUACAUGCAUUUUUUAUUAGUCCUUAAGAGUCAGUUGAUUUUUUUUUUUUGCUAGGGGUUUAAUUUAGAUACAAACAUUUUGACAAACAUCAUUUUUAUUGCUGCUUAAGGCUGAUUAUGAUUUUUUAAAAAACCCUGAAAUUAUUGGUUUAAAUAUAGAUUUACUAUCAUAAUUGGUUCUGAUAUCUACAUGGUAUUCCACAAUAUAUAUUUUACUAGAUAUAUUAAUAUUUAGAUCUAGUAUUUCAGAUGAAUUUAUAUUUAUUUUAUAGGCAGCCAACUCACCAAAUAGUCUAAAAAUGUAGCAUUCUGGCACUGAUUUUUUAGCAUGAGUAUAUUUUGGAGAAUAACACCAGUUUGGGGAGAGACAGAGAAAGAAAAUGAGCACGUAUAAAAUACACCAUGGGCAACUAUGCUGCUCUGGAACCAUUUCUCUGUUAAAAAAGAUGUCCUUCUCUAGUCAUACCUGCUUUGAAUUCAUUCUCACUAUUGCUAUGAUAGCUUUAUUCCCAAGAAGACCAAUUAUCACACAAUAUUACCCAUUGAUCAUCCCCUCCCUUACAGGGAAUUUAAAAUUCACCACCAGAGACAAUAUUAUAGUAAUAUAUCCAGCUAUUCAGGCAGACUCUCCACUCUUCUAGAUACCAUGUAUUGAGCCACAGGGAAAGGGGGGAACCAUUUCUUCCCUCCUCCUGGGGCAGCAACUUCUUUGUUUGAUUCCCUUGGCCAGUUCAUGGGCCUAUUGCCAGAGCUUGGAAAAGUUACUUUUUUGAACUACAACUCCCAUCAGUCCCAGCCAGCAUGGCCACUGGAUUGGGCUGAUGGGAGUUGUAGUUCAAAAAAGUAACUUUUCCAAGCUCUGCCUAUUGCUAUAUGCUGUGAUGCACUUUUGAGUGAACUCUCUGGUUUUCUCCUAUAGGCAGAUAACCCCAGAGUCAAUUCCCUGUCCUACAGUUUGCCCUGGGCAGUGUUUUCUAUAUAUUCUUAAGCUUUUUGCUACCAGAAAUUCUUAAAUUGGUUCUGGGUGAUGCUUAUUUAGUCAGUUUACUCCAAAAUAAGUGUGUUGUGGCUGCAGCGUUGAUUCACAACAUGUGUAACACAUGGUUGUCUGAAUUUCUCAGCAUGCACCCAACUUGCAAUUCAACUCACAUUGACAGCUGCGCUACAAAUGGGUUGAGCUGCAAGCUGAAGUCUGCUGAAGCAAUUGUAAAACUUCUAUAGUAUGUGCUCAAAUUGGCAUAUAUCUGCUCAACCUAUAUUCACAACAUGGCGAGGUGGUCUUAUGACUUGGCCGUUGCUUGUACACCCAUCCAUGUAUACAAAGGCAUGAGCAAUAUAUACUGGACAACUUACACACAUCCAUUCUCUUCUGAGGAUAUUGGGAGCUGUAAUGUAGAUAGACCACCCUCUCCCCUCCCUGAGCUUCUGUCCAUAGCACACCUCAAGCCGUUAUUCCAAGCUCCAGUAGCUAUACGGUUAGCAUCACAGAUAUACUUCUGAUUACUCUACUUAAUUAUGUGCUUUGCUAGAAAGAAGCUUCAGUAGACAUGUGUGUGUGUGCAUGCUGUCAAACCAACAGGAUGCAACGCAUAUUUUAGACAUAAUGCAUCCAUUAUAAAAUUAUCUAGUAGAAUUUGUACUGAAUAUGCACUUACAUGUUGAAGAACCAUAAUUAAAGUCAAUGGGAAAAAAUUGGCACCAAAUUCAAAGGGAUGCAGCUAAACAAUGCCUUUGGGCUGGCAUCAGGUUUCAAUAUUUUAUCUGAUCUGGUCAUUCUGACAGUGACCACAAAGAAUAUGCAAUGGCUACAGCACACUUAGUACUCCCAAACUAGUACAUGUAUUUUAAUAAUUCGUAGUUUGGCUUUUUGCAAUGGAUUUGAUAACAUCCAUUUAUAGCGCUGGCUAUUAUAUUGUUCACAAAUUUGAAGUAAAAGUGUUUGGAGAUAUUUCCUCUCUGUGUGUAUCAUUACCCUCCUUAAUAUUGAUAGUAUUUAUAUAUCUAUAUUUUAAAAAAACGAAUUAUUUUUAUGUGUUUGUGAGGUGAACUGCACUGCGUGUAUACCUGCCAACAUGUAGUAGAAAUAUGGAAUAUAUUUGUCUUAAGUAAAUAUGCCCCUUGUGUGGUAUUUGGCUAAUUUAUUACUUGAGUGUUUAUU